AAUAAAAGCAAUAUAUUGUGAUUAACAACGAUAGGGCUGAGAUUUUAGUUCUUAGAUCAAAAUGAUGACGUUAAAGAAUUCACAUGUUCACCAAAUAAGCGUCCUCAAUAGUGCAUCAUCUUUCCCUCUAUAUAUAUGUGGGAAAGAUACUCGCAAUAGCCAUAGAAUUAGUUGGUUUUUAAAUCACUCUAAACUCUCUUUGCCUAGUACUUGGAGAGAGAGUAAGUUUCACAUAGGGCGUGUGUCUCGUGGCAUGAAAGUUGUGAUGGCAACCACAACCAAAAACGCCAACACCAUCACCACAUCUCAAAGUGUGAAGGCCCUUGUGACUGUGAAGCAAAGUGGGGGUGGGAUUAUAAGAAAUCUUGUCAAUGGAGGUCUUGAUGGGAUCAGAGAAUUGGUUGGGAAAACUCUUGUUUUGGAGCUUGUGAGCGAUGAGAUUGAUUCAAAAUCGAACUCGGAGAGAAAGACAAAGAAAAGUAAUGUGCACAAAACAGAGACAAAGGAGGAUGAAGUUCUAUAUGAGGCCACAUUUGACUUACCAGAAGCUUUCGGGAAUGUGGGUGCUGUUUUAGUACAGAAUGAGGACCACAAUGAGGUGUUUCUAAAGAGCAUAGUCCUUGAUGGCUUCCCUAAUGGUCCUCUGCACUUUACCUGCGAUUCAUGGAUUCAGCCAAAGAGUGAUAGUCCUGUGAAGAGAGUCUUCUUUUCUGACAAGUCAUACUUGCCAUCACAAACACCAAGUGGAUUGAGAAAGUUGAGGGAAGAGGAAUUGAAGCAAAAAAGAGGAAAUGGAGAAGGAGAACGCAAAAGCACUGAUAGGAUAUACGACUAUGAUGUAUACAAUGAUCUUGGUGAUCCUGAUAGCAACAUUGACCUCAAAAGGCCUGUUCUUGGCGGCACCAGACAAUAUCCAUAUCCAAGACGGUGUCGUACUGGUCGAAAACACUCAGAAGCAGACCCUUCUUCUGAGAAGAAAGCAUCGAAUUUCUAUGUUCCUCGCGAUGAGAUUUUUUCUGAGAUAAAGCAAACACAGUUCACAACAACUACAAUAUCCUCAGCAGUAAGUUUAGUUUUGGAAUCUUUAGAUGCAAUUCUCACUGACCAAAGCCUUGGAUUUGUGAGCUUCGAAGACAUAGACACGCUCUAUAAAGAAGGAUUUCACGUGCCAGCGCUUCAAGCCAAUGGGAAUGCACUUCAAAGAGUAAUUCCCAAGUUACUCAGUGUUGUUAAUGAUAAACAGAACCUUUUGCGUUUCGAUACUCCGGAUGCAUUUAAGAGGGACAGAUUCUUUUGGUUGUCAGAUGAGCAAUUUGCUAGGGAAACUUUGGCAGGUGUCAACCCAUAUAGCAUCCAAUUGGUCAAGGAAUGGCCCUUGAGAAGUAAAUUAGAUCCCCAAAUCUAUGGUCCACCCGAAUCAGCUAUCACUAAAGAAGUCAUUGAACCACAAAUAAUUGGCUAUUGCACAGUUGAAGAGGCCAUUAAGGAGAAGAAGUUGUUUAUGUUAGACUACCAUGAUUUAUUCUUACCAUAUGUAAGAAAAGUGAGAGAAAUCAAGGGAACCACAUUAUAUGGAUCACGAACUCUAUUCUUUCUAACUGAACAAAGCACAUUAAAACCAUUAGCUAUUGAGCUCACAAGACCAGAUAUGGAAGGUAAGCCACAAUGGAAGCAAGUCUUCACACCUGCUACUCAUUCAAGUUCUCAUGCAACCAAACUCUGGCUUUGGAGGCUUGCCAAAGCUCAUGUUCUUGCUCAUGAUUCUGGUUAUCAUGAACUAGUAAGCCAUUGGUUAAGGACUCAUUGUGCAGUAGAACCCUUCAUCAUUGCAACAAAUAGACAACUAAGCACCAUGCACCCUAUCUAUAGAUUACUGCAUCCACAUAUGAGAUAUACCAUGGAGAUCAAUUCACUAGCCCGCGAGGUGCUUAUCAGUGCAAAUGGGGUCAUUGAAAGUUCGUUCUCUCCUAGAAAAUAUUCAAUGGAAAUAAGCUCUGUGGCAUACGAUCAACUCUGGCAAUUUGAUUUGCAAGCACUCCCCAAUGAUCUUAUUUUUAGAGGAAUGGCUGUGGCGGAUCCAAAUGCACCACAUGGCCUAAAGCUAACAAUUGAAGAUUACCCUUUCGCCAAUGAUGGUCUCCUUAUAUGGGAUGCCAUCAAAGAAUGGGUAUCUGAGUAUGUUAACCAUUACUAUCCAAGCUCAAGCACAAUAGAGUUUGACCAAGAGCUCCAAGCAUGGUGGACAGAAAUUAGAACAGUUGGUCAUGGAGACAAAUCUGAAGAACCAUGGUGGCCAAAUCUUAAAACACCAAAGGACCUUAUUGAAAUCAUUACAACUAUAGCAUGGGUAUCAUCUGCUCAUCAUGCAGCUGUUAACUUUGCCCAAUAUACUUAUGGAGGCUAUUUCCCUAAUAGGCCAACAAUUGUUAGAAAUAACAUUCCUACAGAGGACCCCUCGAAGGAAGAGUUGGAAAAACUCAUAAACAACCCGGAGAAAACAUUUUUGGAGUCUUUACCAUCACAAAUUCAAGCAACUUUGGUGAUGGUAGUUUUGAAUUUAUUAUCGAAUCAUUCGCCAGAUGAAGAGUACAUUGGGCAAUAUGUGGAACAAUCGUGGGUUGAGAAUCAAACUAUAAAGGCAGCCUUUGAAAGGUUUAGUACGAAAUUGAAGGAGAUUGAAGGUAUUAUAGACUCAAGGAAUGCAAAUUGUGAUUUGAAAAAUAGGAAUGGAGCUGGGGUGGUGCCUUAUGAACUAAUGAAGCCAUUCUCAGGGCCUGGAGUCACUGGAAAGGGUGUUCCAUAUAGCAUAUCUAUUUAAAGAUUGUUAUUUUAUAUACAAUAUUUAUAAUUAAUUUCUUACUAAUGCAAUGUAUGUGUUUUGUGGAAUCUUUAAUAAAAUAUUCACAUAGAAUUUUAUUCCACAACUAAAAAGAUUGUCCUUUGUGUGAACAUCGAAAUGACUAUGGAUCUUAUUCCAAAGCUGAGAAGAAUGCAUUCAUGAUGUAAAUAGAAACUGUACCGGAAUUUCUAGUUUAACCAAAAA